GGAGAGGAAAUGAGGGAAAGGAAAGGAAGCUGAGCUCAACACCACAGGUGGGACGAUACAGAAGGAUCCGCGGUACUGAACUUUAACCAGGAUUUCUUUUCUUUUUCUUUUUCUAAUUUAAUCCUAAACUAAAUUCCUGUAUCGGUCUGGGAUUAUAAAAUAACUCGGAACGGGGUCUGGUUUCUGCGUUUAGGAACUAAAACAUUAAAGACUGCAGCAGCAUAACUCCGCCCCCUCCUCUGUGAUAUGACAUCAUCCAGCGGUUGCCACAGAAACCAGGGCUCUGCUGCAGACAGUUGACAGCCAGGCAGGUGCAGUGAUGGCAACCCAGGUGGAGCUCGAGCCUGGAAUGAUGAGCAGUCGUCUGCUUGCGAGUCCACUGACUGAUUCGAGUAAUAAAACCCUCAUGGAGGAUUCAUCCAUCAUAAGUUCAGAUCCCAAGAAACCAACCCCAGGCCCCAAACCAAGACUCACACCAAAACCUUUUGUUCUACAGAGAAAUACUACGAUAAGACCUAUUCUUGCUCCCAAACCUCAGCCCAAACCCAAACCGGAGACAUUGUAUAAACCAGAGCCACCAAGCAAAUCCAAGCCAACAUCUCCACCCCUUAAAUCAGAAACUGCACCAGCAUCCGCACCGGGCAGCAAACCAGAGUCUCCAACAUUAAAACCAGAACCUUCUCCUCCUUUCAGUGAUCCUAGUAAACUCAAGCAAACCGAGACAGGAGGUGUGGUACGAAGAACAAGUUUGGCAUAUCAGUCCAAACCUACAGAAUUGGGUUCUCGAUCUAAAACCGGUGGUUCUAUUACUCGGGCAAAAUCUAUGGGCUUCCUCGGUAGUGUUGGUUUGGACGAGGACGUGGGUAAAGAGGGUGAUGAGGUUGUUCGUCGUCCUCAGGAAACACGAAGCUCCAGGCCAAGACCAGUGUCGGACAUUUUCCUGCCAGACCCCACUGAAUCUUCUGGUUCUGUCUCGCCCCGCCCUGACAGACGACCUCUUCUGUCCGACCUCGCCGCCAAAUUCGAGCCCACCACACAGAGGCAACUAACAACAGGGGAGAGCAAGGAGAACACACCGGAGACCCCAACCCCAGAGGAUGGUGUUAGGAGGAGAGAGAAGGAUAUCGAAAGAGGUUUUAAGAAGAAGGAUGUUGAAGGACAGGAUGCAAAGCGUUUGGAAAGAACAGGAAGUGGUAUAAAGAGGAGGAUUAGUCUUCUUAUGGACUCGUCUUCUUCCACGUUGUCUGUUCCUGCAACGCGAGUUGCUGAGCCUCGUUCUCCAGUGCCACCAAUCUCAGACACUGAUGGAGUCGUUGGAGUGAAACAGCGAAUCAAAGAGCUGACGGAGGAUUUCUCCACCGCACAGACCGCAAUCCCGAAGCCACAGGUUAAGCCCCGCCCACUUCCAACAGAUAGAACAAAACGCUUUGCGUCAGAUGCAGAAAGCGCGAGCUCCAGUGAGCUUAGAAGUGUCCAGGAAGAAGUUCAAGAGGAGAUCAACAAAAAGCCCAAGGAAUUUCUUUCAGCCGGGCAGACAAAGCCACAGGAAGACCAGGACUUGCCUGCUAAUGAGACCAGCGGUGUACAGACUGUCAGAGCAUCAGUUUUUGAGAAUGUGGUGGAGAAACAUAGCGUCCAAAUGAUGGAGGAUGCUAACUCCAGCUUGGUGAAGCCCGCACCCAGACGCAGCCUCUCUCUUCGGACAAAAGGAAGCUCGUUGAGUAGUGUGGACGACGAAGACGACAGAUCUCUGGUCAAGGCUACGUACCAUACUUUGGUGUCUCCUUCCAGUCCAAAACGCAUCGAUCACAUUUUUGACAUGGUGAUGGCAGUUGAAGAGAGUCGUGCAGUUAGCGAAAACAUUCCAUCUGCCCAUCUGGAAGAAAAGGCUCUAACUCUUCGGAGGUCCAACACAGAGGAAAGGCAACUCUCUGUGAUUGAUGAAAUCCCAGGAACUAAAGAGAACAGCUUUACAGUGGGGUCUAAAGGCUUGUUUAAAGACAAAGGCAGAGAAUCGACCGGUUCUGCUAUGGAGAAGAGUAACACUCGUUAUCUCAGAGUGGGAGCGCUGCCAAAAUGGGACGAGCCAUUUCGCGAUAGAGAAAGGGAUUUGGAAUUAGAAAAGCAAAAGGAGAUUUUGAGGAAGAUGGAGGAGGAGAUCCAAAGGCAGAUGGAGAUCAACAUGGCUGCGAAAGCAGAUAUCCAAAAAGACAAGUUAGAAAACGAGGUAGAAAUGGAAAAAGAAAAAGCUGCGACCUCUCGACAGUCAAAGGUACCAGAAACCAUGGAUCAGCAAAUGACAAGACCGAGAGCAACUUAUUUUGCUGUUACAGGUCAAAUGAACGAGACUGUACACCAGAGAGCAGGAAUAGACAAGGAAGCGAUGUUCAGGAGUGAGACAAGAGAAAUGGCUGAAGACAGAAUGAACACAGAGAUGGAAUUUGAGGACUUCUCUGUAAAAUCUGGCCAAAGGGGAUUUCAGAAUCGAGUGUCGUCGAUGAGAAGGAACCCCUCCCUGGAAUUAGCUUUUAGGAAAAGUUCACAAGAAGAGCUGCAAAUCGGUGAGGGUAGAGACGGGACACAGUGGACCAGAGGACAAGAAAAGGAGAAAGAAUAUCAGAGAGCAAUGGAGCAAGAGUUGGAGAGAAAGAAACUAGCAGAGUUUGAAAAGAUGAGGGAGCUAGAACAUCAGAGAGAGCUGGAGAAAGAAAGAGAGAGGCAGAGAGAGUUGGAGAAAGAAAGAGAGAGGCAGAGAGAGCUGGAGAAAGAAAGAGAGAGGCAGAGAGAGCUGGAGAAAGAAAGAGAGAGGCAGAGAGAGCUGGAGAAAGAAAGAGAGAGGCAGAGAGAGCUGGAGAAAGAAAGAGAGAGGCAGAGAGAGCUGGAGAAAGAAAGAGAGAGGCAGAGAGAGCUGGAGAAAGAAAGAGAGAGGCAGAGAGAGCUGGAGAAAGAAAGAGAGAGGCAGAGAGAGUUGGAAAGUCAGAGGGAGAGACAGAAAGAGAUAGACCAACAGAGAGAAUUGGAGAGGCUAAAGGAAAUUGAAAGACAGAAGCAAUUAGAAAAGGAACGACAGAUCCAAAUGGAAUAUGAGAGGAGAAGAGCAGCUGAGAGAGAGCUUGAGCAGCAGAGAGAGGCUGAGAAGCAAAGACAGAAAGAAAUUGAGAUAGAGAAGGAGAGAUUACUAGAGGAGGAAAGGAUGAAGCUGAGGGAGUAUGAGAAACAGCUGGAGAUGGAAAGAGAAAGGAGGCUGAGAGAACUCGAAAGAGAAAAUCAAAGGGAUCUUGAACGGCAGAGAGAGCUCGAGAGACAGAAAGAACUGGAAAGGCAGAAAGACAUGGAGAGACAGAAAGAACUGGAGGAGAUGGAGAGAUGGAUGCAGUCAGAGAGACACAAAGCACAGGAAAGGGAAAAACAAAGACAGGUGGAUGAUCUUAAGAAGAUCCAGGAACUCGAGAGACAGCAGCUUCUUGAGUUCCAGCUUAAGAAGGAGAGUGAGACUAGCAGGAAGAAGCAGGAAACAAUGGAAGAAAGGCAGAGAGAGACUGAACAGGGAAAGAGAACUGUAGAAUCUCCUCUGCGACCCAAAGUGCUCGAUCUGGAUAACGUUUCUCUGGGGGAUCGGUUUGGUACCAGUUUGAGCAGUGAUCAGAGCCCAACACCCAGAUGGAGACAGCCUACAAAUCGUGAAGAAGACGCUUACAAACCAUUAAUAUUAGAUGUCGACUCCUUUAAAAACCAAACACAACCUGGAGUUUCUGUGGAUUCCUUUGGAAUGCCUGCAUUCUCAAGUGUGGAUUCGGUUAGAGCCAAUCCCAUGACUCCAACCAGUGGAGCAAAAUCAGUGUCUCCGAUUUAUUCUCAGCCUUUGUUGCAGAACCUCCAAAGAGAUACACCACCUCAGUCUCAGCUCCAGGCUCCUUUUCAACCUACACUUUCAGAACAAGCAAGACUUCCACCUCCACUUCAGCCCCAGGUACUGAACCAACCAGGGCUUCAAGCCUUCACCACAGAAAGACCUAAACCCCUAAUACAGACUGUCACCCCAGACUGGACCCAUAGAGAGCAUCAGUUUGACAUGUUUAAUACAUCACAGGGGGAGGUAGCUGUGGAUGAACCUUUAUGGCUGUCUUCCACAGAAAGUUCCAAAGCACCUACACCUGCACCUAGACAGUCCACUCUGGAUCAAAUACUCCAACGACAAGAAGAACGAAUUAAAGAACCCAAUUUGAGUCCUACUUUAGCUCCUUCACUGACGCCUUCUGGCCCCAUACCUACAAUGUUUCCUGUCCAGAUGCCUACACCCAAUCUUGCAACUUCCCCAGGUCACGUUUUGACCCCAGAGAGAUUCUUGACUGCCGAUGCUCUUUUUGGUGGUAGUUGGAAGGAAAACCAGUCUACCUUACCUCUACCAGUAACUGAACCAAUCUGGAGCCCAAGCUGGGAGCCAGCAUCCCAGGAACCGAGCCAGAUGCCACAGAGGAGCACAGGGUCUCAGGUGAACGAGCAGUCACGAAUGCGAUCAAGAAGCGUUAACCAGAGGCCUGCUCCUGGAGAGACGUCUGUAGACGGCCCACUAGCUCGAAUCAGGAGCCGCAGCGCACAUAGAGACAAAAGACAAGAAAGUUUGGAGCAGCUGAGACAGAGAGGACAGGACGGGGGGAAGGACACGGACACCCUGGUGCAGGAGACUGACAGUCAGUACGGGACAUGGGACACAGGACUGCACACGGAUGACAGUCUGACUCCGGUGACUCCAUCAUCAGACAGCAACCUCGUCCCGUCUCCACGGAAACCCUCUUUGCCUCAAACGCCAGAGGAGCAGAAGGAGCCUCUUAAUUUCCCACAGUCACCCACUACCCUGCUGGACUCCAGCGCUCAGCGUUCCAAAGCUCAGCUGAGUAAGAGUUGUCGCCGCCGCAGAGCUCCACCCUCUCGAGCUGCUCGUCACAACUCUGUCCUAAUAGAUGGCAUAGAGCUUGGUACUGAUGAGUGGAGAUUCAAAGACACCACAGAGGAUAAACCUGACUCAGCUAAGCAGCAGGAUGACGAGUCAGAUGAAGAGGAACCGACCCGAGACUCUCGCACCUCCACCUCCUCACAGCCUCAGAGAGUGUCGCUCUUCCCUGGCAUGGACCCCUCAGCUCUCAUGGCUCAGCUGAAGAAGAGAGGAGAGACAGACAGUCAGACAGACGGGUCGGCUCCAUCACAGCUCUCUCGCUCGCCUAAAUCUCCCUUCCUGGGCCGAGCGUCUCGAGUGCUGCCCCCUGUAGGUGGUAAAGAGAAUGGAGAAGAGUCGUCACCUCAGUGGCUGAAAGAAUUAAAAAACAAGAAACGUUUCAGUCAAAUCGAGAACGACGGCUAGAACAUAACAAGAUGCCUUAUAACUGGAGUAUCUGUAGCUCGACUGCGAUGACACACGCCUUAACCUUUGACCCCCGGCAUCGAUGGGAACUCUGCUGCUGCUGAUGACAUCAUUGUCCACCACUUUCUCUGUGCUCCUCCCAUUGGUGUCACAUGUGCAUGGUGCCUUUCUACGAGAUCUACAACCGACAAGAAGAGAUCUGUGCAUGUGUGUGUGUGUGUGUGUGUGUGUGUGUGUGUGUGUGUUCAUUUCCUGUAAGAGGAUUCCUUUAGCAUUAAGACACUUUAUCUAAACCAACACUUCCUGGUUUGUGAUGUCAUCAGGAAGAAGAUGGUUCACGGGACCACGUGUGUGUACUACAGUGACCCUGAAACGCUCGUCUGACUGGAGGACAGUUAUUUACUCCAUCGUUCAGUUUUCUUUUGUCCAUUUAUUGUUACUGUCUGCUUGGUGGGUUUAGGUGGUGCACACAAUACCUUUUCUUUUCUUUAUGCUGAUUGGUUGCUUAGCGACGGCUGCGUUAACGUUCAGAUUAAAGUAUUUAGGAGUUUAAUAAAGUGUAAACGUAAUUGAGGAUUGUAUUUUCAUAUGUUUAAAGAAGGCGUUCAGGAGAAACACAGGAACGAUCCAGAUUUAUUAUUAAACGCUCUUUAACUCCCAGUGACGGCGUCCGCAAGAGAUUUACUUGUAAUAUGUUUAAAGACACGCAGCGUUAUGUGUCAUUAGGAUUUGUUCCUUUUACUGACGAUCAGUUUAUAAAUACAUGACGAUCCGUACAGCGAUAAAACCUUAUAGUGUGAGAUUGACCCGAAAACCGUCACCGCCGCUAGUGUGGGACUUAAUGAACUGUUUCAGACACGUGAUCUUCAUCAUCUUCUUGUCCUCAUCCACUGAUUUGUUCACCUCUGGAAUUUUACAGAUGUUUAUUUCACAGCCGUGUGUUUGAUUCCGAGCCGUUAGCGUGACACCAACAUUCAGAAAAAUCCGAUUAUACGAUCCGAUCGUUCGUCACUAAGCCCCGCCCACAACAUUUAAAGAUGGAGUGGUGCGGAAGGAAAGCAGGACGUAGGAAUGUUUUUAAUUGACAAACACUUCUGUUCCUAAACAAGCGAAAGAUCGUCUUGACAGAUCGAGUGUUUUUUUAACUGCACGUACAAUCGUUUAUUUUUAAUCUCUCUCGUACACAAAACUGGCUGCUUUGCUUAAUGACGGACCAAAACCCGACGUUACCGAUGUUGCACAAUCAGAGCCGACGUCUGUGUCGACCCUCGAGAUGUUAGAUGAGCGUUAAAGGGUGAAAGCUGGUGUUUUGUCUCCGUCACUCUGCAUCCUUUUUUUUGUUUUUCAUUUUGCUUGUUGGGUUUGUACAGAUGUGCGAAAUGGAAAACUUUAGCUGUUGAGUUGACUUUUUUUUUUUUUUUUUGGUUUGGGGAAUAAACCCUGAGCUGCACUUUCCCUCGGCCGAUGACCACCAGGACUGACGAGUUCCUGCCACUUUAUAAAGCAUGUUGAGAUGUGGAGAGAAUGUGAGUGUAUUGUGGUGUGUGAGUCUCCUCGUAUUUUGUGCGUUCGUGGGAAAUUCACGUCUAUCUUUGUAUUUUUUUAUUUCACCAUAAAGAUGUAUAGUGCACUGUGUUGUACAACCGGUGGUUAUGACUGUAAAUUCAUAAUAAAAUUUACAAUAAAUUUAUUUUCUUGGCUGCCGAUUUUAA